AUGUCUGAGACCAGGAACGACGAGCCACGUCUCGGCACUAUUUGCCUAAUCAAAGCGCGCUGGUAUCAGCAUGGCGCGAUCGAGUCAGCAUUGCUGUCAAGUAAGCCAUGCAAACUAUCAGGAAUGGGCCCGCAAGUGAGACUUGUGAUGGCGCAGCGGCGACGCAUGGAUUUUACUAUUGAUUCGUCAGCUGGUGCCAUUGCAGUAACGAUAUAUGAUUUUACUUACCUUGAUUUUGGCGGUACAUAG